GCUCAGCUGAUGACUCACAGCCAUGCAGUCACUCUGCACCCAGCUACUGUCUUCGCAUCGCAAGACUGGGGAAAACACUGCUGCCUUAUAGCUGGAACCAGCGAUCUGGGAAGGAGCUCUCGCUGUUCUGCAAGGGGCAAGAGGGACUGAUUGCUGCAAGAGGAAAGCAUAAAAACACUAGUUCUGCAAUCCCGGGUACCUGCACAGUCUGUUUUUCAUAUUGUACUUCCCUUUUUAGAAGAGACCAUACUGGAUAUGUCUAGUUUGACUGUUGCUGUGUUUGAAGGAACUUGAUUCAUGUAGUUGAGAAUUGGGAAGAAUCAGAAGGAUGUGUCAAAAUCUUUUUGAUUUUUAUACAACUUUUAAAGAAGAUAUUAUAAAGCUCAAGUAUUGAAUAUUUAAAUAACUCACCAUCCUAUUGCUGGCCGUUUUUCUCCUUUUGUAAACAAAAAUAAUAUAUAUAACAAUCACAAGGAGGCAUCUCCAGAUUCAUAUGUGUCUUGAUUACCAUGAAUCAGCAGCCUCAACAGAAGGCAUCGAAUAAAAGGACAGGGAAAAAGAUUACAUUUUUCAAUGAUCAGCAGUGCCAACAGGUGUCUGGCAAGGAAGCACAGUUAAAAGACCAGCAGUUCUAUGGACCUGUGACUAGGCUUCCAGUAUCCCAGGCUUCAGAUCUCUCCAAAUCUGACAAUAUGAUGAACACGGCGAUGUACCCUCAGGAGAGACCAGAUGCAGUCAGGGUAAACCAGCAGCCAGUGCCCAGCAAGUGGAACUCACAAGAGAGGAGUGACCAAGCCUGGCAGGGCCAACCUGCAAGUAUGUGGCAUCGAAAUACUGCAGGUUACGGUGUCCCAAUGGUAAAUGCAUACUACAACCAACAAGAGCUGCGCAAAAGAAGCCAGGACAAAGGGGUAGGAGUUCCUCAAGUAGGAAUGUAUGAAGAUGAGAUCCAGCAAAUGAGAUCUAAGCAGGUGGCUCAACUGCAACAGCAAGCAUUUGCACGCCAGCAGGCACAUUUAAAUUCCAUUUUGCACGCGCAGCAGCAACAGCAGCAGCAGCAGCAACAACAACAACAACAGAAUCAGCAGCUUUCUUUGCAGCCCUUUCAAAUGGCAUUUGGACACCAAGGUCAGAAGCACGCUCUGCAGGAGUUUUUCCAUGUUUUUCCAGAUGCUGCAUCCAAUGCUGCUUAUGCCACACAACAGAAGCAGCAGACAGCCCUACCUCAGAUGCAGCUGUUUGAAAACUUCUAUCCAAGCCAACAACAACAACAGCAGGCACCAUAUGGCAUGCAGCAAGCUGUUUCGGUAGCGCAGUCUCAUGGAGCGGUGCAGCAGAAGAUGCAUGUGGUCGGCCAGUCACAUCAUGCGCCACCCUCAGAAGAAUACAUGAAAGCUCUUGCAGAGCAGAGCCAGCAAAGUGUGUUGCCCAAAACCCAGAUCCCUUUACCAAGAAGAUCACGUAGACUUUCUAAAGAAGGCGUCCCACCACUGGCUCCCUCUGAGAUGGCUCAAACAAAUAAUGCGUACACACAAAAUCCAUAUGAGCAUUCAGUGCAACAACAUACAGAAGCGCAAGAACGCUACAAAAGGGGGAUACAGCAACAAAUCCAGAGAGAUGUUCAAAUACCUAUUCAAGACGCCCAGUAUUUCAGUCACACAGACCUAAACAAGCUGCCCCCUCCUCAGAAUGGAAGUUCUACAGAUGUACAGAAAGGGCUUGAACACAACACAACUGGUGCUGUCACAGGGGGAGUAAUUCAGACUACGCGGCGAAGGCGCCGUAUAUCUCAGGAGGCAAAUUUGUUUACUCUGGCACAGAAGGCAGCAGAGAUGCCGUCCCUUGAAAAUACUAAGGAUGGAGAUAUGGGGGACAAAAAGAAAAAUGUGGCAUCAAAAAGCAGUGUUGAGUUUCCAGGUUCAACCAAGAGGGCUAAAGUGGACAGUGACAUGAGGCCACUGGUAAUUCCAGUCUCUGUACCAGUGAAAAUGGAUAGUGGACGGGAAAAAGCAGAAGAUGAAAGGACACAGAAAUCAGCUGCCUUCGAGAGGGACUCUUCUGUCACUAAGCCAUCUGUAAUAGUCACAAGGCACAAAACUGGUCACACAAAUCUUGGACUCUCAGAAUCCACAUUACAGGCAAACGAUGGUUCUCCGGCAUCAGAGGGAGAGACCCCUUCGCGGAAGCCAAAGCAGCGACCAAGACCAGAACCUCUCUUUAUCCCUCCCAAACCUGGCACUUUCAUUGUUCCUGUUGUGUACUCCAACAUUACACCAUAUCAAAGCCACCUCCGGUCACCGGUGCGUGUUCCGGACCACCCUGGGGACCGAAAUUUUGAGCUGCCUCCUUACACCCCCCCUCCCAUUCUUAGCCCAGUACGUGAGGGCUCUGGACUUUAUUUCAAUACCAUCUUGUCUGCUGGUGCCAUGCCCCCACCCAUCACCCCCAAAAGCUCCACGCGAACCCUGCUGAGAUCCAAUAGCACAGAGGAUAUGCCGCCAUUGCUCACAGCGAUAGGUGAAGCCACUCCAGUUAGCAUUGAACCACGUAUUAACAUUGGCCCGAGAUUCCAGGCAGAUAUUCCAGGUCUAAGAGACAGGUCUUUAGCCCUUGGCGAUAAACACAAAGCUGACCUUGUUUGGUGGCCCUGGGAAGAAUCUGAGGACAACCAAGGGAAAGUGGAAGAACUAUUGACUGCGGCAUGUUCCAGCAUCCUACCAGGAGGGGGCACCAAUCAGGAGCUGGCACUACAUUACCUUCACGAGUCAAGGGGAAACAUACUGGCUGCACUCACCAAGCUGCUUCUGAAGAAACCUCUAAGGAGCAGAAACCAUCCAUUGGCUGACUACCAUUACUCAGGAUCUGAUAGGUGGUCUGUAUCUGAGAAGAGGCUAUUUAACAAAGGAAUGGCCAUUUACAAGAAAGACUUUCUGCUGGUACAGAAACUGAUUAAAACAAAGACUGUCGCUCAGUGCGUAGAAUUCUAUUAUACAUACAAAAAGCAGGUGAAGAUUGGCCGUAACGGAAUGUUAAUCUUUGGUGAUGUAGAAGGUUCAGGUGAUGAGAGAAACCCAAGAGAGGAUUCGGAAGUUGACAUUAAGAGUUCUCAGCGACUUGCUGCUGUUACUAGAAGAGAUCUGCCAAACCAAGAUUCUUCUGAUGAAGAAAAGGAGUCAACGGUACAGGUAGAAGAAACGAUUGACGAGGAGAAGAAGGCAUCUCUCCCGCCAAAGAUCACUCAGACCCUGGAAGCCCGUCAAACAGGGAAUGACACCAUCAGUCUCAGAAACCAGGGCCCUGAUACAAAAAUGCCAAAACCCAGGGGAAGGAAGCCACGGAAAAAGUUUCCUCCGGAUGGAAUAAAGAAACCAGAGGCUGGAAGUAAGCCACAAGAGCCGGAAGGCAUUUUCCCGUGCAAAAAAUGCGGAAGGGUGUUCCUCAAAGUGAAAAGUCGCAGUGCCCAUAUGAAGAGCCAUGCGGAACAGGAGAAGAAAGCAGCAGCACAAAGACAGAACGAGUUGGCGGCAGCUCAGGCGGCAGCUCAGGCGGCAGCACAUGCAAGAUUACGGCAUGCCGAAAGUAGCGAGAAUGAGAGCAGUACCAGCGAUGGCAGCGACAGCAGUAGCGAGAGCUAUGAAAGUUCAGAUGAUGGAGAGAUCUAGGACGAGCUUUGGUCACAUUAGCGCAGUGAGGCUGGAUCCUUGCUCUUUAUUUCUACGUUUGGGGCUGGGGGAUACAGUUUUACACUGCUUACUUUUCUCAGAGGAUGAAACUUUGUGAACAGUUCAAACAGACUUGGGAAAUUUUUGCUUUCUAUAAUAUAUGAAUAUUUAUUGUGGGGAAAAGUAUAUUUGAUCUACAAUGUAUUUUAAGAGAAAACCUAUAUUUUCUACUCUGCACAUGUGCCUGUUUUUCGAACAAAAUCGUACAAGUAAUCUCUACUUGCCCUGGUGGGGGUGAAAACAACAAAAAGAUUUCUUUGCAGGGCUUCCUUUGGUUCUGCUUCUUUGAGACAAUACUCCGUUCAGGAUUCCAUUAGUGCGUAAUGGCUCCCGCGCUCAUUGCUACUGGAUACUUUGAAAGUUUCUUAAUCUUUUAUUAAGGAUUAUUUUGCCUUCAAUAGUUCAGUAUUUAAUGUAUUCAAUCACGGCAUUUGCAUACAAGGGAACUUGCUGGG